UCGAAAUUGCAAUUUAUUGCACUUCCUAGACUUUUGGUGAGAGCCUUUCAAAACAAAACACAGCUAAGCAAGCCAGAGAGAUACCAGUUGAUACAACCAUUCUCAUCCAAAAAAAUGGGACAAGACAGGGACAGAUUCUUGAGGACAGAAGCAACGGAAUGUCCUGCUGUCACCAAGUAUUCAGUCAUCUGUUUAGCUGUCAUUAUAUCAACAGUAGCCUUAUACCACUCCUCUUUAAACUUUGAACACAAAGUUGCCACCCGGUCACUAAUCCCACAUUCUCCAGGUCUGUCCCUUAUCUUCAAGACUAAGUAUGCUUUCACAAACUCAAGGACUGUGGAGAAGUUCCCUGAGCUGAAGGAAAGUGUAGGACAGCAGUGCGGUGCUUCUCCAGAGAGCAGGUUUGACUGUGCCCCAGAUAAGCCAGUGAGCAAGCAGGAGUGUGAGACUCGGGGGUGCUGCUAUGUACCCCUAUCGAGGCAGGGGCCCUGGUGCUUCUACCCACCCUCUUACCCCAGCUACUCCAUGGGCAAGCUCACCCCAACCAAAAGAGGGUGCACUGCCAACCUCACCCGCUCCUCCAAGUCAUUCUUCCCCAAAGACAUCAUGACUGUGCAGCUGGAGGUGAUGUUGGAGACAGAGGGGAGGCUACACUUCACGCUGAAAGACCCUGUAGUGAAGCGCUACGAGGUUCCGAUGGACGUCCCGCUGGUGGAGGGUCAGACUGCGACCCCUCUCUACACGGUGGAAUAUUCAGAAGAUCCGUUUGGCAUCAUCAUCCGGAGGGCAUCUAAUGGUCGUGUCCUACUCAACACCACAGUGGCCCCCCUUUUCUUUGCUGACCAGUUCCUCCAGAUCUCCACUUCCUUGGCCUCCCCCCAUAUCUCCGGCCUGGGGGAGCACCUCACCAACCUGACCAUUAACCUCAACUGGACCACAGUCACCUUCUGGAACCGAGACACAGCUCCACAUAGCGACGCCAACCUAUACGGCUCCCACCCUUUCUACCUGGUCCAGGAAGGCGAUGGCUUGGCACACGGUGUGUUCCUGCUCAACAGUAAUGGGAUGGACGUUGUUCUCCAGCCUGCCCCUGCCCUGACCUGGAGGACGAUCGGUGGGAUAUUUGACUUUUAUGUCUUUUUGGGGCCUGAUCCAAAGAGCGUCAUCCAGCAGUACCUGGAUGUUAUAGGGUACCCCCUGAUGCCCCCCUAUUGGGGACUGGGUUUCCAUCUCUGUCGUUGGGGUUACUUAUCCACCAACAUGACCCGCAGCGUCGUGGAGAGCAUGCGAAAGGCCAACUUUCCACUGGAUGUGCAGUGGAAUGACAUCGACUAUGCGGAUGGCAGGAGAGACUUCACUUACAACCAGCAGAACUUCGGAGACUAUUCUCAGAUGGUGCAGGAGUUCCAUGAGAAAGGCUUGAAGUAUGUCAUGAUUGUGGACCCUGGCAUCAGCAGCUCAGGGCUCCCCGGCUCCUACAAGCCCUUUGACGAUGGUCUGAAGAGAGGAGUCUUCAUUCUGAACCAGACUGGGCAGCCACUGAUCGGAAAGGUCUGGCCUGGCCCGACAGCUUUCCCUGAUUUUACCAACCCAGAGACUCACCGCUGGUGGUACGACAAUGUGAAGGAGUUCCAUGACAAAGUGCCCUUUGAUGGAAUGUGGAUUGAUAUGAACGAGCCUUCAAACUUUGUCAUGGGGUCACUGCAUGGCUGCCCCAGCAAUGAACUGGAGAAUCCUCCCUAUGUGCCAGGAGUGGUCGGGGGAAGCCUCAAGUCAAAGACUCUCUGUGCCUCCAGCUCCCAGCACCUCUCCUCACAUUACAACCUGCACAACCUGUAUGGACUAACCGAGGCCAUCGCUUCACACGAUGCUCUGAUUAAAGUCCGUGGAAAGCGUCCCUUUGUGAUUUCACGCUCCACUUUUUCCAGCCACGGGCGCUACGCUGGCCACUGGACAGGAGACGUUCAGAGCACCUGGGAGCAGCUCCGCUAUACAGUACCCGCCGUGCUGCUCUUUAACCUGUAUGGGGUGCCCCUAGUUGGGGCUGAUAUCUGCGGGUUCGGGGGUAACACCUCGGAGGAGCUCUGCGUGCGCUGGACACAACUGGGGGCCUUCUACCCCUUUAUGAGGAACCACAAUGACCGGCCUAACAUGCCUCAGGAGCCGUUUGUGUUCAGCAAGAAGGCCCAGCACUCAAUGAGGAAAGCCAUGGUCCUGCGCUACUCUCUCCUGCCGUUCCUGUACACGCUGUUUCACAGAGCGCACGUCGCUGCCCAGACCGUCGCCAGGCCCCUCUUCCUCGAGUUCCCCUCGGAUGCAAAUUCCCGCACAGUGGACCGUCAGUUCAUGUGGGGGGAGGCUCUGCUCAUUAGUCCAGUGUUGGAGCCCAAUGUCACAGAACUGACUGCCUAUCUCCCCCCCUCGACAUGGUACAACCUGUAUGACGGCUCUGCUAUCUACAGUAAGGGACAGUACCUGAUUCUGCCAGCACCUUUAGACACUAUCAACAUCCAUGUACGGGAAGGACACAUCGUACCACAGCAAGUUCCAGGAUUUACAACCUCGCAGUCCCGCAGAAACCCUUUCUGCCUGACGGUGGCGCUGUCCGGAGAGGGCUCUGCACGGGGGGAGCUGUUCUGGGAUGACGGAGACAGCCUGCAGACCUUCGAGACGGGAGACUACACUCAUAUCCUCUUCCUCGUCAAUCGAAACGUACUGGUGAGCAAAAGUCUGAGUCUGAGCAGUGCGAUUGAUGGCCUCCAGCUGGAGCAAGCCUGGGUGUUCGGAGUAUCCUCUCCUCCUCACGAGGUGCUUGUUAAUGGGCAGACCAGCGCAGUCUUCUCCUACCGUUCCGACACCAAGGUCCUGAGUUUGUCCAAAUUAUCUUUACCAAUGGGAGAAAACUUUACAAUCCUGUGGCGAUAACCACAAUCAGUUCUAGUUAAAAAUGAAUUGCAAUUAAUGAGAAUCAGAUACCUCCUGGAACAGGUAGCCACCAUCCUCAGCGAUUUAUUGAACCGGGAACUCUGCCACUGUGUUGCGCUCCUGGGAACAGAUUCCCUCUUUCCGGACCAGCUGCCCCACACUGUGACGCUUUUGCCAUCUCCACAGCCAACCUUUGCUGGCAGCAAAAUCGCUAUCGGGGUCCAUGGCCCUGGCAAAGUGUCUGGCUGUCUGCUUCACAAUGGAACCUGAGAGAGGAGCACCGGUCUGCUGUAUGAGCUGCAGCAUUUGAUACCUGAACUUCAGCAACCGGUCCUGUUUUGGUGCAUUAAAAAAAAAAAAAAAAAAAAACGCCAUGCUUUGUUAUUUAGUUGCAUAUUAAUGUCUGUGAUUGCUGCAGGUAUUUAGCUAAACUAGUCGCAAUUAUCAGUGCUUUUGUCAAGUGGUUUAAUCCUUUUUUUUCUGUCUGUCUGUGCUGGGAAUUUUAUAUACUGCUGAUGCUGGACAAGUUUAUAUUGUGAAAUGUUUUGUUUUUGGCAAUUUGGGAUUUGGUCGGGCUGUAAAUCUAUUCAUUUAGAAUAGUCUCUUUUCAUAGAGACCAAAAUACAUCCUUCAUUUCUUUAUUACUGAAAAAAGAAAGAGACCCCUUGAUUGCUCAAGGUUUAAAUCAAUCUCAUUAAUUCAUUAAUUAACUCCGAACUUGAAUUGUAUGCAAAAGCAGUAGUCUCAAGGCUUGAACCCCAUAUAGGCUCUGUAAUUUUUAAUGACGGGCUUCAUAAAAGGCAGACUUGCUUCAGACAACUUGAGGUGGUUGCUUCAUAUAUUAGACAAUGUUGGGAGGCAGCCAGACUCUUGUGCAAUCUUUUCGUUUGACACUGAAAAGGCUUUGAAGGGAACUUUGUGGUUAAUUUUAGAAUGGUUUGGCUUUGGCAGUUUAUUUAUUAAAAUGAUUUGUACUUUGGAUAAUACUCCUACAGCGUCUGUACAAACUGGUUUUAGUUCCUCGCCUUUUAUUUAGAAAGAGGCACCCGACAAGUUGUCCAUUAUCUCCCUUAUUAUUUGCUUUAUCUUUAGAACCUUUGGCCCAAGCUAUAAGAUAUUGUUCCCAUUAAUAUCAAGUACUCUAAACAUCUUGCUAUUUAUUUCUGAUAUUUAUAGGUCUAUUCAAAAAAUUAGAUUUGUUUACAGAAUAUGGGAAUUUAUCAGGGUACCAGAUAAACUGGAAUAAGUCUAUUCUUAUGCUUCUAAAUACAAAAGCUAAGGACUUUACUGCACCCCCAAAUCUCCCAAUUCAAUGCACUGUUAACAGCUUCACUUAUUUAGGUAUUAACGAGUGAUUUUAUAAUAUACAGUUGUAUUUAGACACAGGGAUUGCACAAUCACUUCAUGUGCAGAUAAAGUAUGUG